UGCGUCUCUGCUAUUGAUUACAUUAUCAGUCAGACAGCCAACACGAGCAGUGUCCAAAUUGUUGCUUAGUUGCACGAUGUGGUUUCUGGUUUUCAUCUGUGUGUCCACAGGUACAGACUGUUGCUUUCAUACUGCUCAUAAUCUCAACAUAUCAGGAUUAAUUAUUCACUCUUUGUGCUUUAGUUGGUGGAGUGCCAGUAAAGCCAAACCAGCAGGCUACAACUCAUGCUCCAGGUACGUGUAGGUAAAGCUAUACCUAAAAAUAUAGAUACCUAUGUCUAUUUUAAUCAUGUUUACAGUGCAAAAUAAACUCUCCUAGCAGUAUGAACAAAAGUAAUCCUGUGAUUUCCUAGAUGUCACUAAAAUUUUCUUUUUAGCUGCUGUUCACCUAAAUGACACCCACCAUGUGACUACUACAGCCCCAGGUUGGUGCUUGGUCCAUGUAGUUCUCACAUGUGAGAGGUUAAAAUAACAAAGAAUUCUUUGCAUACACAGCCAAUGUUAUUGUUUUUUUUUACUUUCAAAGAAACAUACAAUCUCUUUUUCUUUCUUCUUUAUAUUUUCAGUUGGCAUUGGUCCUUUGAAUGACACCCACAACAUGACCACUGCAGCUCCAGGUUGUUGCUUGUUGGGUUUAUUUGCAUCUUUUGCAGCUGCUAUAAUGGCCAGAAUAAAAUGAAUAUGGCUCUGAAUGUUACCCAUAUUUCACUGGAUUUUAAGAGAAAUUGAGUUUAGCUGCAGGUCUGCAUCACUUUUUUGUGCAUGUGUUAUUCAUUAGAAAAGUGGAAGGAGUUGACCAAUAUUUUUCUAUAGAAAGUUGAUUGCAUUACAUGGUCAAAACCAAAUCUUUUUCAUUAAAAAAAAAAAAUUAGGGUUCUUAAAUGUAAUGAUUUUUCUGUUCUCAGUUGGGGAUUUGCCCUUAAAUGACACUCACAAUGCAACCACUCCAGCUUCAGGUUGGUGCUCUUUGACAUUACCUGAAUUUUAAUUGGUUAUUCUCAAUACCAGUGAUGAUAAUAUUUAAUAUGCUGAGGAUUCAGUUAAUUUUUUAGUGUAUACAGACUCGUAAAACUCAGUCCAUUUAUUUGUACUUUUAAAAUUGUUGGAAUUUUAAAAAGAUUGACAGACAUUAUCUGCUUAAAAAUAAUGUCUUAUGUAUGUGACACACUUUGACUAAUCAGAAUAAAAACAUUUUCCUGAUCAUACAAGGGUUUUAGUUUUUAAAAUCACACUUUUUUUUAUUUUCUAGUUGGUGACUUGCCCUUAAAUGACACCCACAAUGCGACCAGUCCAGCUUCAGGUUGGUGCUUACUUGGUUUUCUCUAAUCUUUUUAGGAAUACUUCUAAAUGUAAGAGUAGUGUGAGGAACUCCUACAUUUCCACCAAUAAUUGAGAGUUUUUUAUGUAUUUGAUGGCCUUUUUAAAAUCUAUUUAUUUCACAAAAGUAUCAGACAUUCUUGUUUGCCAUGGCUUUUGCUUAAACUGUGCAAACUUUUACAAAUAUUGAUUUAAAGAUGAUUUUAUGUGCUAAAAAAUGUGAAAACAGUUUAUAAAAGUACUUUUGAUUGGUUGUGCAUCCAUGGAAACUGUUUCCUGUCAGUCUAAUCAAUUGAACUGGUGAUUUACUGUCAAGUUUAAACAUUAAUCAGCUUAUUUUCUAUAUUUCACAUUAACUUUAGACAUGAAUGAGACAGGUGUCACAACCUUUAACCACUACCAUUUUACCACAGUGUCAACAGGCAGAGGGUAAAUGUACUGCACUCUACCGCAGACUGAUUUCAUGUGACAUGUGUGAUUACAUUAUCACUGGUGUCACUUUUGUUGUUGAUCAACAACUGUUAGGUUUUAACCAAUCAGAAUCAAGUAUUUAACACCGCCAGGUAAUCAACAGAUUAAAGUCGUACAUUCAGAAUUUAAUAGAUAAUAAAAGUUGAGCAGAAUUGACAGAGUAACCAUCUCCUCUUCAUCUUUUUAUUAUUGACCAAAUAUUGUUAUUUUUGAUUUAUGUAAUUUCUCCCUCAGAACAAAAUUAAUCUGAAAAAGUUAUUCUGUUGUAACAGUUCAAUUCCCCUUUAUCUGUUUACAGAAACAAUUUGUUAAAUAAAUGGCAGAAUGUUAAAUAAUCAAAAUAUACAAAAAUGUGAAACGCUCAUUUCCUUUUUUCCAGCCGGUGACAUGCCAUCAAAUGAUACCCAUAAUGCAACUCAUCAGGACCCAGGUUGGUGCUCAUUUGUUGAACUUUUUGCUUUCAAAUUUGAAGAGAUUGAAAUUUGAAAAAGAUUUGAUCAUUAAUAAAGUUACUGAUCUCUACAUCAGUACAUUACAAUUUUCUUUCACUGCCUAAAUAACACCCAAACUAUCACAGCUCCAGCUCUUAACUAGUGCUUUUCAAAUUUCAGAGAUUUCUUCUCUUUUUAGAAAUGUUUUUUUCUUUUUUUUUUCUAGGCAAGGCUGUGGUAAAACUUAAUCCACAACUAAUCAACGCAGAAACGUUAGAAGGUAAACUGUAAACAUGAAACAUACAAAUUAAAUUAAAUACAAAUGUGAUGUACAGACGUCAAUACUUCCCCUUUUUUUCAUAGAGCUUCAAGAGGACAUGAUUGUCCAGGAGGGAGACAUUUUAAUUCCAGUAAGAUGAUGGACUUCAAUUAUCAAACAAAAACAUCAAAUCAGGACUAGUCCUCCCAGGAUGAAUAGAUUUUAGGAUAUAUAGAAAUAAAGUGCAACACUGAUAUGAAACAUCUUAACACAUUGACUGUAGCACUAUUUAUGAAACUUGCAGGUUAAAUAGAUCCAGUUUUUGUGCAGUGGUGAACAAAUCUAAGUCUUUAACCCUACAGGAAGACAGGAACGCUGUGGAGACCCUGUGGUUGGAUGCAGUCGUACCAUACACCAUCAGUGAUGAGCUGAGUGAGUUAAUUGUCUUUGAACCAACUCUUCUGCAUCAACAGUAGAAUAAAAACUCUGAUAACAGUUUUAAUCUUUUUACCUUCAGUUUAUCAAACGGCAAACAUCCACGCUGCCUUCAGGAUGAUUUCAGACUACACCUGUAUUCGCUUCAAACCACGCACCUAUGAAUACAACUACCUCAAGUUCAAGAACGGCAACGGGUAAGAUGUGUACAAAAAAUGUGUUUUGAUAGGUUAAUCCACCUAAAUAUCUACUCUAAACCCAAGCAGGAAGUUGUUAUCUUCAGCCGACAAUCACCUUUAAUAACAGACAUCACCAUUAGCAAAACAGCCACAUAAGAGAGACAAUUUAUAUCAACUUUUCAAUUUAGGUGGAUUUUUUUGCAACUAAAACAACUCUAAUAAGGUAAGAUAAAGGAAAAUCCUGUGAAGCAAGCAAUACAGUUUAAGUAGAUUAAAAUCUUUUAAAGACUGGCAGCCAAAGACAAAGUCAGAUAUACAACUGUCCACUGGAAUACUAAAAGUCUCUGUUGAAUUUUUCAGCAUUAAAAAAAGGCUUUUUUGUCCAUUUUUCCCCCCUGCCAUUUCUUUCCAGUUGUGCGUCCUUUGUUGGUUGUCGUGGAGGAGCUCAGCCGGUGUAUUACUCUCGGUCGUGCAGCGUGGGAAAUCUCUGCCAUGAGAUCAUUCACGCUCUGGGGUUACAUCAUGAACACACUCGUGCCGACAGAGAUCAAUACAUCAGUGUACAGUGGGGGAGUAUCAUCCCAGGUAAACUCCUCAUGGACGGACAGACAGCCUUCAGAAAUACUGAGAUGUGUCUCAAUGACUUGAAAAGCCUGCACUGUUAUAAUAAUGAACAUUUCUGUCUAAAGCCAGGAAAAAGAACUUCAAGGUGAAACGUGGAAACACUCUGAACCUGCCGUAUGACGUGAACUCCAUUAUGCACUAUGGACAGUGAGUCACUACUAGUCCUCCUGUCUCUCAAGUCACAAAUCAUCUUACACAAACCGUAUAUGAAUUUGAAGUUCAUAAUUUUGUCCCAUGAAAUUUAGCCAAGAUACUGCUGUCAUAGAAAAAUAGUUUUCUGCCUUGAUAAAAAAUAUUACCCAUUCUUUUGUUCCAGGUACUUUUUCAGUGCAGAUGGAGGACCGACCGUGUUGCCACGGCAGAGAGGAGUUCAAAUGGGUCAGAGGACUCAUCUCACUCACCUGGACAUACAGAGAAUAAACAGACUUUAUCACUGUGGUAACGUCCUUCAAUACAUCACACUGUUAAUACUAUCAUCUGCAGGUUUCACAAAACAAUAUUCCAUUAAUAUUUGUAAUUGUUCUGUUUUCAGAUGAACGGAUGAGAUGGUACUGAGCGAGCUCUUUGUUGGUUUAAUAAAAUUUUAAACGUCAAU